GGUUUACCCAAAACACUUGCGCGGUCUUUUUGAACAAACAUAUUUUAUACUCUCCCCUCAGCUAUAUAUAUCUCCUUUCAUAAACAGAAAUUUUGAAUUCUCCAACUCCAAACAUCUGCACUAAUCAUCUCGCAAAACCCUAAUCAUCUACUUCCGGAAUAGAAAUGGAGGGUAAUGCGAACGAAGAUCUAAUCAUACCAUUUCUGCAACAAUCUAAUGGAGAAACAGUCAAAGAAGCCAUGAAAGUUGCAGGUUUUCAAAUCGCUGAGUUUCUAGAGCAAGACAUAGCAGUAUGCCGACUUAAAAUCAAGGGAAUGUCAUGCACAAGUUGUUCUGAAUCGAUUGAAUCCUCUCUUUUAAUCGUUGAAGGAGUAAAAAAAGCAGUUGUGGGUUUAGCUCUUGAAGAAGCAAAGAUAAACUACGAUCCAAACAUCACCAACACAAAUCAAAUCAUUGAAGCAGUUGUAGAUGCAGGAUUUGAAGCCGAUCUUAUAGGACCUGAAAUUGAUGCAAAUAAAGUUCAUAUAAAACUCGAAGAAGAAUGCAGAUUGAUUAUUGGUUAUGAUCCAAAUUUCACUGGUCCAAGGUCAAUUAUGUCAUUCAUAUCGGCUAAUUAUCAAGCAAGCUUAUAUAUUCCUGAAAGAAAACGUGAUACAGAAAGAAACCAUGAAAUUAAAGUUUACAGAAAUCUGUUUUUCUGGAGUUGCUUUUUUUCGAUUCCUGUUUUUAUCUUCUCUAUGGUGCUUCCGAUGAUUCCACCAUAUGGGAAUUGGUUGAGUUACAAGAUUCAUAACAUGCUUACGAUUGGAAUGGUUUUAAGAUGGAUCUUAUGUACACCUGUCCAGUUCUUCAUUGGUCGAAGGUUUUAUGUGGGAUCUUAUCACGCAUUAAGACGAAAAUCGGCUAACAUGGAUGUUCUUGUUGCACUUGGGACAAAUGCUGCGUACUUUUAUUCUAUAUACACAAUAAUAAAAGCACUCUUUUCAGACAAAUUUGAAGGACAAGAUUUCUUUGAAACAAGUACCAUGUUAAUAUCAUUUAUUCUUCUAGGUAAAUACUUAGAAUCCACCGCGAAAGGAAAAACAUCAGCCGCUUUAGCUAAAUUGACCGAUUUAGCCCCAGAUACCGCUUGGUUAUUGACAAUGAACAAUGAGGGAAACAUUCUUUCGGAAACAGAAAUUAACACGCGGUUGAUUGAAAGAAAUGAUGUUUUGAAGAUUUUUCCUGGGUCGAAGUUUCCCGUUGAUGGUAUUGUGAUUAAUGGUCAAGGGUAUGUGAAUGAAAGUAUGAUCACCGGAGAAGCAAUCCCGGUAGUUAAAAAUCCAGGCGAUCGGGUUAUCGGUGGCACUGUGAAUGAAAACGGAUGCUUGUUAAUAAUGGCAACUCAUGUUGGUUCCGAGACUGCACUUUCACAAAUUGUUCAGAUAGUAGAAGCCGCGCAACUUGCUCGAGCUCCCGUACAAAAACUAGCUGAUCAAAUAUCAAAGUUUUUUGUACCGGCAGUGGUUUUGGUAGCUGUUGUGACAUGGAUGGGGUGGUUUAUUCCGGGAGUGGCUGGAAUUUAUCCUAAAAGUUGGAUACCAAAAGCUAUGGACGAGUUCGAGCUCGCAUUACAAUUUGGGAUAUCGGUUCUUGUUGUAGCAUGCCCGUGUGCUUUAGGGUUAGCUACUCCUACCGCUGUUAUGGUUGCGACUGGUAAAGGCGCAUCCCAAGGAGUACUUAUCAAGGGCGGAAAUGCAUUAGAAAAAACCCACAAGGUUAACACGGUGGUAUUCGAUAAAACGGGAACAUUAACAAUUGGAAAGCCGGAAGUUGUUAGCGCAGUACUUUUUUCCAGAAUCUCAAUGGAGGAGUUUUGUAACACAGCAAUUGCCGUAGAGGCAAAUAGUGAACACCCGAUAGCAAAAGCAGUAGUGAAACACGCCAAAAACAGAUUACAAAAUCACAAAUCUCAAACUACCAACAGUGCAGUGGUGAAGGACUUCGAGGUGCAUCCCGGCGCCGGAGUUGGUUGCAAAGUCGGAUCCAAAACAGUUUUAGUCGGAAACAAGAAGCUCAUGAGAUCCUUCAAUGUUUCCCUCAGCUCUGAGGUCGAAACCUAUUUCUCCGACAACGAAAACCUAGCUCGCACCUGUGUGCUCCUCGCAAUCGACGGAAAAGUCGUCGGCGCUGUUGCAGUCACAGAUCCGGUGAAACCCGAGGCGGCACGUGUUGUAUCCUUUUUACGAUCGAUGAGUAUCAGAAGCAUAAUGGUCACCGGUGAUAACUGGUCAACAGCAACCGCCAUAGCCAAGGAGGUCGGAAUAGAAAAUGUGUUUGCGGAAACAGAUCCGUUGGGGAAAGCCGAUAGAAUCAAAGACUUACAGGCGAAAGGGAUGGUCGUUGCAAUGGUCGGAGAUGGGAUCAACGAUUCGCCGGCGCUCGUUGCAGCGGACGUCGGAAUGGCGAUUGGUGCCGGAACAGAUGUGGCGAUUGAGGCGGCGGAUAUUGUGUUGAUUAAGAGUAACUUAGAGGAUGUGAUUACAGCGAUUGAUUUGUCUAAAAGGACGAUUUCGAGAAUCCGGCUUAAUUAUGUGUGGGCGCUUGGGUAUAAUGUUCUUGGUGUGCCGGUGGCGGCUGGGAUUUUGUUUCCGUUCAUCGGAAUUAGGUUACCGCCGUGGUUGGCCGGAGCUUGUAUGGCUGCUUCUUCUGUGAGUGUGGUUUGUUCUUCGUUGUUGUUGCAAACGUAUAAGAAGCCGUUUGCAUCCACGAGAUGAUAAACUGUUUGCAUGUGUGAUAAAUGAAAAUGAAAAGAUUUUUCAAUAAAAGUAAUUUCAAGUUUAGUUGGUUCAAGAAAUAUACUACAAGCUUUCUUCCAUGAAAUAUACUAAAAUAAAUGUGGCAUGAGUGCAUGACACAUAGCUGCUGAAGUGAUAAUUUUACAAGUUUAACAAUCAGAAAUCAAAUGUGG